AUGGAGACGUGGCACAGGGAGAUUCUAACAAGAAAUCGUACUAAGAUCGUGCGUGAUCUACGCGUCGCCGACGUUAUCAACCCACUCAUAGAGAGAAAAAUUAUAAUGCCGCGCCAAAAGGAAGAACUGCAGCAAUUUCGGGGGGAACAGCAGACGGCGGAAUUCCUUGACAUUCUGGUACAAAGAGGACCACAGGCGUUUCCAGUCUUCCGCGAAGUACUGAGAGAAAACCACCGUCACUUGGCUGAUCUACUUGAAGAUGCUGACGGCGGAAGAGUCCAACCAGUGGAGCCGGAAGCAGCUAUCCCUGAAAGGGUUGGGCGUCGCGAAUCUUCGUCUGACGACAGCUCUGAGGAUGAAGGAUGGCUGCCAUCCUGGGAACAGUUGACUGCAUACCUGGGCUACAUGUCGGCCAAAGACCCCACCUUAGUCACAGCGCUCAUCAGCCUUCUGACGACCGUGGAGCGCGCGCUGAUGAUCUGUCUCGUCGCCAUCGAUGUGGUGAACUGGGUCCGCAGCGAGCGGUGCAGUCUGGAGGGGAUCCUCAGGAGCAUCGUGCUGCCGCUUGUUCUGCAUCCCAGCCACAACUUCCUGCUGUUCCCCGUUCUGGCUUCCUGGUUCAUCGCGGGGAAACUGGACCAUCUUCGAGAUCUGACUAAGUUUAUCAAACGGACUAAAGACGCUCUAAGGGCAGGACAAGGAGGAGAGACAACACCAGAAGAGCUGAGAAAAAAGGAGGAGCGUCAGCGACGGUACAUGAAGUCUGUGGCAGACGCACUCUUAUUACUAAUCGUCCUCCAAACACUGGCGUUUUCUCACGCUUAUUACAAACACGUCUACAUCGGAAUGGAGUUCAGAAUCAACAUCUUGGACGAAGCAAAUGUAAACGGAGUCUUGUUUUGUGUUGGGCUGUUUGAUGUACUCGUAAAAGUGUUCGUUUAUGGCCGCUACUAUCGUGGAAGGAACCCAAAAAAGCUGCUGCAACGGUUUGACGUCCGCGUGCACUAGCCUUUACAGACGCUAUUACUAGUAUCCUGUGCACUACUUCUCUAUAUACAUGUAUGUGUAUUUUGUUUGCUGCAUUGAUUGUUAACACUUAUGUUAUGAUCAUAUGAUCAGAUUUUUGCAAAAAAAAUGAAAAAAGAGGAGCCUUUUACUAUGCCGUGAAAACCAGAAUUGGUAUUCAGUCAUAUUUUCCAUGCAGGUAAUAAUGCUGUCCUAUCAAACAGGAAAUAAACUAGAAAGGUAACAUUUGCAAAGCAAAUACAUAUUGUUAAAACUAGAACGGUGACAUUAAUUUUGCAAAGCAAAUGCAUAAUGUUGACCUUCGCAUAUCAAUUCUUACUCAAACACAUUUAUAUAUAUGGUGACAGGAGUCUAAAUCCCUCCUACUAUAAAGUUGCAACAUGAUGUAACCCAAAACUAGUUGCUAGUACAUACAAAAUGGCAAGCCAAGUUCAGGAGGCCAAGUUCAGUUUUUUCACGAAUGAUGCAUAUGGCUCAAACAAACAAACAAACAAACAAACAAACAAACAAACAAACAAACAAGUUAUGGUUGAAGUUCAAGGUAAGUGUCGUCUACCGCCUCGUACGGAGUGGAAUCUUCCCUUGCGAUGGGCUCUACAUACUCCUCUUCCUCAUU